CGGGCUCGUGUGUGUGUGUGUGUGUUAAAGGAUGAGCCUGCACUGGCAGUGCCUCAGCAUCUCAUAAACCCUCUGAACCUUCACGUUCUGUGUUGGCAGUUGCUGCGCCCAGUGCUGGCGGUGUUAGGAUGGAAUUCGAGCCGGUGGUGGAGCGUUGCGCUGAGGGAGAGGAGCACUUUGCACGUGGGGGUCUCGCAGGUGACACUGACGACGAGUCUGACAUUGAGGAGAUCGAGGCCGAGGCCCGCCCGCGCAGCGCAGCACAAGGUGCAGGAUCAGACUCGUCGGCUGAGAGUUUCCAGAGCAGAGAGCAGCCUGAGGCGUCGGAGGAGGGCCAGGACGUUUUCUUCUGCCCGCUGUGCUCCCGGCAUGCCCCGCUGCACGAGGUGGUGCCCAUGCCUGCCUGCCCCUGCCUGUUCUGCAAGAGCUGUAUCCAAGCUUUUGUGGGGCGAGAGCUGGGCAGCUUACAAGCAGAACCUGGAGACGGCGGGUGGGAGAUUGGCUGCCCCACUCAGGCAUGCCGCGGGAAGCUGAUGGCGGCAGACUGCCAGGCACUUGCCCCUGAGGCCUUUGCCCGCUGGUGCGAGGCCGCCAGCGAGACCUUGUUGGAGGAGGAUGAUACCUUCAUUCACUGCCUUAAUCCAGAAUGUGGCAUUCCCAUUGAGAAACUUGGUUACGCCCCCCUACCCUUUGGCCUGGAGCUGACAGGCGUUCCUGAGUUGGACCGCACAGCGCCCUUCCUGGAGCGCUCCCCCUCGGGCACCCCGCUGUCCCGCCAGGCUUUGGUCCACCGAGCCAAGUUCCUAUACCGCUGCGGAAAAUGCUGUACAGACUUCUGCGGCGGCUGCCUUACGGCUCCUUACCAUCUUGGCAUCAGCUGCAAGGAGAACAUCACGCAGCAGCAUGCGCGCCGCUGCCGCUUCUGUGACUCGUUGUGUGGAGAAGCGCUGGACACGUCGUCGUUGCUGGCCCGCCCUGUGAAGAUGCUCCGGCGCGAAUCAGAGCAAGAAAGAGUGGACACUAGCUGGUGUAUUGAGAAGGCGGAGCUGGUGGAGGUGCUGCUGUGGGCCGCAUCCGUGUGUCCCGACCAGGCGUGCCGCCAGAGGCUGGAGAAGUCGUGCACCCGUAUGCUGCCGUGCGGGCACCAUUGUGGGGGGGUCAGGGGCGAGAGGGAGUGCCUGCCGUGCCUGGAGAGCCCCUGCCGAGAGCCCCACGGGCGGCCCCACCCCGCGGGUGCGCUGCCUCGGGCGGACGAUGACUGCUCCAUCUGCUUUGUUGACUCGCUGCGCCAGGGGCCGGCGAUUCGCCUGGAGUGUGGUCACGUGGUGCACUUCCAGUGUGCCGAGAAAAAGAUUGCGGCAGGCUACCCCGGUCCCGCGAUCAGCUUCGGCUUCCUGCGCUGCCCCCUCUGCUCAGAGCGGAUGCGCCACCCCAGCCUGCACAAAGUCCUCGCACCUGCGCUCACGCUGGAGGCGCAGGUCCGCGAGCGUGGACGCGCCCGGUUCCGGCUGACCCUAGACCAGCGGCAACGGCGCCGCGCAGCAGCCAGCAAAGGAGCAGACGCAGGCGAGGAGGCGGCCGCGCUAGCUCAGUACCAGUUUUACCUGUGCUCCCGGUGCAAAGUUCCGUACUACGGGGGGGAGCGCCGGUGCGCACCUGCAUUCGAGGGCCCAGCGGAGAAUGUUUUCAGGGCGGAUGAGCUGGUGUGCGGGGGCUGCUUGGCGGGCAGCAAGGGACUCUGCAAAAGGGGGCACGGCAGGGACUUCAUCGAAUACAAAUGCAGGUUCUGUUGCAGUGUCGCCACGUUCUUCUGCUUUGGUCACACCCACUUCUGCGACGACUGCCACUCUAGCCGGCCCGACAGGAACCCCGGGCUCGUGAAGCCGUGCCCCGGGGCCACGCGGUGCAAGCUGGGGGUGGAGCAUCCGCGACAAGGGGAGGAGUACUGCCUCGGCUGUGCGGCGUGCCGAUCGACAGGCCAAUGAGGCACGUCUUGUUCUAUCAGACUGUCCGAGAUCAGGCCCGUUCAAUGCAUAGAACCGAAUACGGGCUAGAAUGACAGAACGCUCAAAGAUCCUGGAACGCCUCGUAAGAUGUCGUUAACAGCAGGCCAGGAUACCUCGAUUAACAGGACAGAUCAACUGUGUAUGAGCAUAUUCUCUGUCCCUUGCUGUUUUGCUUAUUCAUGAACCUUCCCCUGACCUAGCUAGGCUAUUGAAGUAGGAGUAAACCGGAGCUCGUCACGAGUAUGUAUUGCACCAGAAUGUAGCUAACCUCUUUAGACCGUUGUGAUUACAGCUAGCGCGGCAUCGUUCAUUUUUUUUGCAGGCUGCUAGUCACCGUCCAUUUCACUAACUACACCCGGGUC